AUGCGGCUUUCGAGUUUAUUUUGUGGCAUUAUCGCCAUUGCUUCUUACGCUGUUUUCGAGGUAUCAAGUCAGGACUUUGCCGCUCAUGGCUAUUACACCGAGCCUAACACAGGCAUUACAUUCUAUACAAGCACCGAAGGUAAUGGGACAAUCGUAGGCGAUGGAGAAUUCUCGUUAGUUUCACAAGGAGGUUACACCUUCGGAAUGGCAUUGCCCCCAAGUGCAUUGACUACAGACUCUUAUGAUUAUAUUGGCUUAAUUAUCGGUUCACUUCCUAAUGGUACAGGGUGGAGUGGUGUUGUUCACGGUCAACAACUUAGUGCUUCAAUGCCAGGACAUUUGCUACUAAUCGCUUGGCCUUACAAUGGUCAAAUAAUAACUUCAUUUCGUUAUGGUUCUUAUUCAACACCUGUACUAUAUGGAGGAUCUGCGAGCGUGACACAACUUUACUCCUCUAUCAACUCUACACACUGGGUCCUCGUCUAUAAAUGCACCAAUUGCUUAAAAUUCGAUGAUCCAACUCAAACAGAAUAUAAUGUUAGCACAUCGGCAGGUGGUUUCGAGUAUGGAUGGGCUCAAAAUAUUGGAGCUCCGGAUAAUCCGUCUGAUCCUGCUAAUGCGGUCAUAUAUCAGCACAAUAAUGGCAUGGGUGAAUUUUCUAUUAAAGUGGCUUCUGCAACCCAGUCCUCUUAUUCAGAAUGGGCUACCAUGACUGCCACGAUUACAGCAACUACUGGUACAGCCACUGCUACUGCUACUUAUUCCACAUCUCCAAUUCCAACUUCCACAUCCUAUGAUUAUAUCGUUGUUGGUGGAGGGGCUGGAGGAGUUCCGAUGGCAGACAAACUAGCUCAGAGUGGAAAGUCUGUGCUCUUGAUAGAAAAAGGGGUCGCUUCUUCAGCUAGAUGGGGUGGAACGAUUCGACCUGAAAGUGGUUGGCUUUCUGGAAGUAAUCUUACUUGGUUUGAUAUUCCAGGAGAAUGUAACAGAAUUUGGCAUGGUGGAAGUUCUGGUGUCGCUUGUGAUGAUGUCGAUCAAAUGGCUGGAUGCGUUUUAGGUGGAGGUACUGCUAUCAAUGCAGGUCUAUGGUGGAAUCCAGAUCCAUCAGAUUGGGACUACAACUUUCCUCCUGGAUGGCAAUCAAAAGAUGUACAAGCCGCUACCUCGAGAGUCUUCAGCACAAUUCCCGGCACUGAUCAUCCUUCGAUGGAUGGUAAAUUAUACCUUCAGUCAGGGUACAACAUUGUCGCAGGUGGUCUUAAAAAUGCUGGUUGGACAAAUGUCACAGCGAACAACGUACCGGCCCAAAAGAAUCGAACAUUUGCCUAUGCGCCAUACAUGUACAUCAAUGGAGAGCGUGGCGGUCCAUUAGCAACCUAUUUGGUGGAUGCAAACAAACGCUCCAACUUCCAUAUGUGGCUCAACACUAGUGUGAAGAAAAUCAUUCGUGAUGGAGGACAUGCAACAGGUUUGUUGGUUGAAGCUACAAAUAAUGGAGGUCGACAAGGAGUCGUUAAUUUGACUGCAGUCACAGGUCGAGUAAUAGUAUCAGCAGGUGCUUUUGGAACUCCCAAACUCCUUUUCAGAAGUGGAAUCGGUCCCACAGAUCAACUAAAUGUAGUUCUUUCCUCCACGGACGGCCCAACAAUGAUUAACUCAAGCUAUUGGAAUAAUCUCCCUGUUGGCUACAAUCUCGACGAUCAUCUUAACACUGAUACACAAAUCUCCCAUCCUAAUAUAUCCUACUACGAUUGGGUAGCCGCAUGGAAUACUCCGAUCACUACAGACGCCAGCUCCUACCUGACAAAACGCAUUGGACCUCUUGCCCAAGCAGCCCCAGAUAUAGGCCCCAUGUUCUGGGAGCAAAUCACACCCGGCGAUGGCAUUCCCCGCGCCAUCCAAUGGACCUCACGAGUCGAAGGUGAUACACCCAAUGCCAUGACCCUCUCCUCCUACCUCGGACGCGGUCAAGUAGGUCCUCGAGGACGAACAACAAUUAGUAAAGGUCUCACCAUGUCCGUCUCUACCAUGCCAUGGGGAAACAAAUAUGAUCUCGAUGCAGUCGCUACAGCUAUCGAUCAUAUGGUCGCAGCUCUAUCUACGGUUAAAAAUCUAACUUUUAUUUAUCCACCGCCUGGUAUGACAGGUGCGCAAUAUGUGGCUAGUGUACCGCUUGCAUAUGGGAAUAUCGGAGCAAGACGCUCGAAUCAUUGGUUAGGAACUGCAAAAAUGGGAACGGAUUCGGGAUUACUGGGUGGGACUUCAGUGGUUGAUUUAAAUGCACUUGUUUAUGGAACUGAUAAUAUUCAUGUUGUUGAUGCAUCCAUCUUCCCGGGUAUGCCCUCCACAAACCCUAGUUCCCUAAUCGUCAUAGCAGCCGAACAUGCAAGUCAGAAAAUCCUCGCCCUUCCUCCUUUGAAAGCUCUUCCUCAAUUCGCACAAUGCGGAGUGUUUGUGAGGGGAGAGAGGGGAGAGAGGGGAGAGAGGGGAGAGAGGGGAGAGAGGGGAGAGAGGGGAGAGAAGAACUUUGGGAGUGAGGGAAUGGAUGGAUUGGAUUAUGGAGUGUAUGAAUCAGAAAAAUGA